CUGGGAGGAGGAAUUCGCCAAGUACAAGGAAUCACCGGAGUUCAAGCAGCUCAACUCGCACAUCACGCUCGAUGAAUUCAAGUUCAUCUUCUUCAUGGAAUGGGCCCAUCGUCUCUGGGGUCGUGGUAUCGGCUUGGUCUUUGUUCUUCCGGCAGUGUUCUUCGCAGCACGCCGCCUCACUUGCGCGCCGCACAACGUGAAGAUCUUCGGGCUCGCGGCCCUUCUCGGGCUCCAGGGCUUUGUGGGCUGGUGGAUGGUUAAAUCUGGUUUGGACGAGGAGCAACUCGAGGAGAGAAGAUCGAUGCCGACGGUAUCACAAUACCGCUUGACAACCCAUUUGGGAAUCGCAUUUGCCUUGUACUGUGGGAUGUUGUGGACCGGCUUUGAAAUCGUCAGAGAGCACCAGUGGAUGAAGGCACCAAAAGCCGCUGAAAUCCAGAUGGAGUUGCUCCAGAGUCCGCUCCUCAGGCCUCUCAGACGCAUGACCUACGGUUUAUUGGCCUUGACUUUUCUCACCGCAUUGUCUGGCGGUUUGGUUGCAGGGCUUGAUGCGGGCUUGAUCUAUAACAACUUCCCCCACAUGACGGAUUUACCGCCGUACUUCCCCUCCAAGGGCGAGCUCAUGUCACCAACCUUUUCCAGAAAUGCCAACCAGUCGGAUUUGUUCUGGCGAAACAUGUUGGAAAACCCAGCCAUGGUCCAGUUAAACCACAGAAUCAUGGCCACUACCACCUUCUUCUCCAUUCUCGCCACCACCAUCUAUGCCAACAAGUACAAGGCGGUCAUGCCAAAGAACGCCACGACUGCCCUCCGCACCGUCAUGGGGCUUGCCUGUCUUCAGGUUGCCUUGGGGAUCUCUACGUUGAUCUACCUCGUGCCGAUUCCGCUCGCCUCUGCCCAUCAGGCCGGUGCCUUGGCGUUGUUGACUGGGGUCGUCAGCCUUGCCGCGAAGUUGAAGUCGCCGCGUGUUGCCAUGAAGUUCUUGAUGGCUGGAUUGACUGUGAAAGGCAGAACCGCCGUCGCCAAAGGAGCCACCAUUGCAACCAAACUUUAAAUUUUGGGAUUAUUUAUUCCAGCUGUAGCGAAGCAGCUGAAGAUUUGUGUGCUCGGCCUCUGUAUAUAUUAACAGCCGAGUCUUUUCAUUUUGUCAUAUAUAAUAACUUUGUAAAUAAUAUGUUUUGAUAUCUGUUUAAUCUGGG